GAAAACUUGACAGCAAAAUAAAAAACAAAGAUUUCUUUACUCUCAAUUCCUUCUUCCGAUUGUGAUUGUUUAAUUUGCUCGCUCAAUGAUUUAAUAUCCAAGAUGCAGGACUUCACGAGUUUGAACAUAAUAUUUAUAAUAAGUGGUGGAGUGUUGACUUUUGUGAUUCUCUUCAUCUUUGCCAAGAGACAAAUAACAAGGUUCGCCCUUCGGUCUAGGCGAGGCCCUCACAUCCCUAUCGGAACUGAUGCCAAAAAAUGUCUCAAGAAGGAGCUAGAGCGUCGCAUAGAAGCUGUGCCUCGCAUAAUGCACGAGCCACGACUGCUGAGCACGGAGCCCUCGCACUACAUCCUGGAACCUCAACAACCUUAUCACUACCGGUUCAGAGCUGUGGAUGAUGUUAAGACUCUUGAGGAGGAAAUAGCUCGCCAAGAUCCAGGCCUGCGCCGGCAUCCAAGAGAGUCACUCCGUGCCUUCCUCCUGUCAUCUCUCGCCGCCCCCCUCGAUGGGCGCGGUCAGAAGCUGGUGCAUCAGUUCUGUGACACCUACGAGUUCGCCAGGCAUCACCCUGGGGAGUUUGGAGAAGAUGAAUACACAGCGUAUAGUAGACUGCUGUUGAAAUUGUUAGAUGCAGCGCGGCUGCUGGGCCGCGUGGGCGGGUGCGUGGGCGGCGGGGGACGCGCGUCGCCGGUGCGGCGCGGGCGCCUGCUGGACGCCGCGCGUCUGCGCCCGCUGCCAAGGCACAACAACCUGCCGGCUGCGCUGCAUAAGCAUUAUACUGCCUUAGAGAACAUGCCAAUAGACUCAAAACUGGAGGACGAGAUCAUCAGGAUCCCAGUAAAGAGUCCUACCGAGCCGCUGGUGAAGGCGCCGGCAGACGAGACGGCCGUCUGAGCGCGGCUGCAGCGCCACCCCGCGCAGACGCUGUGAGGUGAACGUUGCUACGUCAUCGGUGAUUAGUGAAUGGUGAACAGUUUAGUGAGUGGUGAUGAGUGGGCUGUAGUGAUGUUAGGUUUAGGUGCAAUAUUAUAUGUAACAAAUAUAUUUAAAGGCAUUCAGGAUAUUUCUAAAUACAUAAGUAAUUGGUGAUAAUAGACAAUGGUGAACAAUGAACAGUCCCACCAAUUAAUGGUUAUAUUGAACAGUUGAUGAACAAUUUGAUAGUGAAUGGUGAUGACAGCAUAUGUCAGUGCCAAAGGGAGUGAUGAUGUGUCUGGUGAAAAAACAAUGAAUUAAUAUUUUUAUAAGUGAAAUGGAACACUUAAUAUUUAUUCAAAACAGUGAAAGAUGAGCACUACUUUUAAUUAUGCACAAUAGUGACUGGUGAUGGUAAUGAUAGUUGAAUUGUAAAAAAAAUAUUCGAUUUAAAACUGAAUAGAAAUACUCAGUUAGACUUAACACAAAGAGUAGUAAUCAGUGACAUUCCAUAAAAACAUUGCAAUUUUCACAUUAAACUAACAGUGUAGUACGAAAAGAAUUUAGUGUAAAAAUUACAUGAAAACGGACAAUUCGAGAACGAAACUUAAGAGUAUGAAAUGAAACUUAGGUAUGUGAUUGAACUUCUUAUGCACCAAAAUAGUGACUGGUGAUAAUAGUAGAGUGGCUAAAAAUAUGCGAUAUAAUUAAAACUGAAUAAAAAACUUUGUUAGCAGUGGUAAUCAGUGACAUUCCAUAAAGACAUUUAGCAAUGACUGUAAUUUUGCGCGAUAUUGAUGAAGUGAAAUAUUUAAUAAACUAAGAGAAUUCUACGAAAAUGGACAAUUUAAAAAAGUGAUAUAUACCAUUUAUGUAAAUGAGAUUAAUGUGAUUGAACUAUUUCCUCAGAAUAUUUUACGCAUUUUGGUGCGAUAUUUCGCAUUUAUGAGUGGUGAGAAUAGUGUGAACUAUGAAAAUACUUUAUAACAUGUGCAAAGAAUACAAUAAAAUAAAUAAAUAUGGUAUGUACCUGUCUUUUUUAGAACUUAUAAUGUCUGAUACAUUAUUAAGUUAAAGUGAAGGAACUGUACCUAAUUAUAGGUAUUAAGCCUAAUUAAUUGGUGAUGAUAAUAGUAAAAGAUGAACAAAGUGGUGGGUGAUUGUAACACUUGACAAUAUACACUCAUAGUGAAAAGUGAACUGUUGUUGGUGAAGACUUUGAAUGUAUUUAUUAAUUUAUAAAUGUAAUAUAAUAAUUUUAUACCUAUCAUGGGCGUAGCCAGCUUUGGGCUCAGGGUGGGGCAGCAGUCAACCUAUCCCCCGGAGGAAGGCGGGGGCCCUCCGAUUUUUUGUAUCUUGAGCCGUUAAUCUCAAACUUGUUAAUCUCUUAAUUUGAGAGGUUUAUAUUUUCAGAGACAAAAAAUAAACAAUCACACACAGGAAAAAAGCCAAAAGCAAGGGCAGAUAGUUUCUGAAUAUGCGAGCGAAGCGAGCGCGAAAUUUUUAUCGGAUUUAAACCAAAUAUUACAUAAAAUUUAGCCCAAACGUACUUAACUAUUUGUUUGUUGAGACAUGCAAAAAUGAGGGCAUAUAUUUUCUGAAAACGCGAGCGAAGCGAGCGCGAACUUUUCAUCGGACUUAAACCAAAUGUUACGCAAAAUUUAGCCCAAACGUAGUUAACUUUUUGUUUUUUGACAAACACAAAAAUAAUAUAGUUUCUGAAUACGCGAGCGAAGCGAGCGCGAAAUUUUAAAACCAAAAACUACGUAAAAUGUUGCCCAAAUAUAUAUUUUCAUGAAUGGGGGUCCCCCCAGACGGUACUAGGUACGACACACCCGAUUUACGUCUAUAUGAAAACCCCGUCGCUCGCAUAGAUAAGUCAAUAAAAAUAAAGGUAGAUAACUAUACGUUAUCUACCUUUAUUUUUUGCAACGUCGCGCAGCUAAGCUUCGCGAACCACUUGGAAUGCCUCCAGGGACCACCAGUGGUCCGCGGACCACCGGUUAAUAGCGAGCGCGGUUUUUACACUAGGAUAAAAUUGCAUUUCCGAAAUUUUGAUCACAUCUCCUUUAAUGCAUUAUUUGUUGGAUUAGAUGGACGGCUCGGCUCGCUACGCCACAUAGCACCUUUUCUUUUAGGGAAUAUGGCUCGCUUUCAAAUGACGCGCGCACCGCGCACUUGCGGGAACUCGAGCGUGCAUUUUGUUUCGAUCGCGCUCUUUUCAAAGUCGAAAUUUUUUUUGUGCAAUAAUUUACGGAUAUUACAUAUGAUUGUUGAUGUUGUUAGUUAGAGUUAGUAAAAAAAACAUUGUUUAAUCAGACACCUUAUAGGUCAGACCCAGGGCCUAGGGUGGGGCAAGUGCCCCAGCUUGCCCCAGUGUGGCUACGCCCAUGAUACCUAUCAAUGUAAUCAAUGUAUGGUGUUUAGAAAUGUGUAUCAAUAAUUUAUUGCUUGCAAUCUAUGUAUUGUACAGCACUUAUAAAAAGAAUCUUCAACUGUCUAUAUUUCAAAUCCUUUGAUAUUGUCGUAAAUAAAAUAUUAUGUGAAUGUAUCGAACUAUUGACCAUAGAAUUGUAUCAUAAAGAUAAAUAUUGUUUUCGUACCUAUAGUUUUUACCUAUGGAAAUUAGUUCCAAACUAAGCCUCAUCAAGAGGCUUCAUUUUAAUCAGCUGUGGGAAAUAGUUCCCGUGGGUCGCGGGUGAAAUCGCGCUAGGGAUUUAGUUGUUGUGUAAAUCUAUUUCUUUAAAGGUGCGUACGGAUUGCGCGUACCCUGGUACGCGUACUCAGUUUACGCAUAUCCGGAACGCCUAGUCCAUACCUGCAGCUACGCGUUCACUCUUGGGGUACGCGUACCGCGCGAGCCAACUCGCAGCGCGAGCCGUCAGUCGGUUUUUGGUCGCGCGUCAAAGAGGACGCACGCGGCCGGCUACGCUAUAUUUGGACGGUAAAAUGAAUAAACACGCGUGUUCUUGUCGGAGUCAUGGCGAAUGACUGGGGCUCGCGGAGCGCUCUGGAUCGAUUGACCUCGCGUACAGGUUCGCGGCGCUCCGUACAGGAGCUGUACGCGUAUCCAAUGUACGCGUGGACAGUGUUUCCCAA